UCUACUGCUACAGGAUGCAUCCGUAUGCCAACUGCACCCUAUCCAAAAUCGACCCUUGUUCGUCUCCUGCGAAGUAUUAUUUCCUGUUUAGAGAGAGAGGGAGGAGAGAGAAAGAGAGCAAACAAUGGCGAUGAGCAUCUCCUGCCCUCACACCUGUAAUGCUACCACACACCCAUCUUCCGCUACACAAAUAGGGUUUAAAUCUUCUCUCUCAAUUUCAAGCUUCAAAAAAGGGAGAGUGCAGCUGCCAGUUAAUAAGCCAUCUUCUCUCACUAGAAACUUCUCCAUUCGUUGCCAGCAGCAAGUCACAAUCCCUGCUGAGCAGAGAUGGAUGUAUGAGCCUGAUGAAAUCAAUGGCCCUGACAUUUGGAACAGGACUUGGUAUCCUAAAGCUGCAGAUCAUGAGAACUCAAAGAAGACAUGGUAUAUAGUCGAUGCCACUGACAAAAUUUUGGGAAGGCUAGCAUCUACAAUUGCCAUUUAUAUUCGAGGGAAAAAUUUACCGACCUACACCCCUAGUGUAGACAUGGGAGCUUAUGUCAUUGUGGUGAAUGCAGAAAAAGUCGCUGUUUCUGGCAAGAAGAGGAUGCAAAAACUAUAUAGAAGGCAUUCAGGAAGGCCUGGUGGAAUGAAGGUGGAAACAUUUGAUCAACUCCAAAAUAGAAUUCCAGAGCGAAUAAUCGAGCAUGCUGUUCGUGGAAUGCUUCCUAAGGGGAGGUUGGGGAGGGCCCUCUUCACACACCUCAAGGUUUACGAAGGACCGGAUCACCCACAUGAAGCACAACAGCCAAUUGAUCUACCUUUAAGGGACAAGAGGAUACAAGUCCAAAAGUGAUUGCACAUUGGGACAUAAGAUGACAAAACCAGCAAAUGCUCUUGUGCUUGCCCCUUUCCCUACUCCAUCCCUAACCUAGCUCUAGCCCCUUCCCCUAUCCCAUCCCUAACCUCCCUCCACCCCCUUCCCAUACCCCCUCCCCCCAAAUUUUUAUGUAUGUGCUUGUGUGGAUAACAUGUGGGACUUUUUUUCUACAAUUUUGUAUGCAUCCUAUUGCCAGCACAAUGACCAUUUGCUUAUCAGUUUAUUAAAGUAUGCAAAAUUUGUUAAUGAAUAGCGUUUGGCAAGUAGAAGCUGGAAUCAGGAUUGGAAAUCCC